UCAACAAUUACAAUAGCUCUUCCGACUGUCAAAUAUUGAGAUUAACAUCAAAGUCACAAUUCUCCAUUUCAGAUUGGACCACAGCAUUCCUCUGCUUCCACUCUCUCAACUCACUCCUGCACAUGCGCUUGAAGAAGAAAUGAGACGAGAUGCUGGACGGGAUGACGGUCGACCUGUUGCUCCAGCCUCGCCGUUGUUUACGCGCUAUUUGUUUACUCAGUCAGCGCGCUGCACUCGAGCCAAGAGCACUAUUACUGCAAGUAGUUGCAAUACUUUCGAUCUUUCGCCAAUGAAAACAACUUCUUGCUCUGGCUUUGCGAUUAGCCUUAACGCGCCUGACAAAUUGCGCCGUCUCGGCAUCGCCUCGUUAGUGCCGCCGCGUGUGCAUCUCAUAAAAGUGAGGAUAUAGCGACAAUGCCAACCAGAUGCUAAUCAAAUAGUUAUUGCCACCGAAGCGUUAAAUUACCCAUCACAAUCACCUCAGGGGGUGUCAAUGCGGACAAAGACAAUACCUCUCCGCUUCGGUUAUCAUCAAACUAGAACAAUUCCAUCUGGCAGAUGAAAAAUACAACUGUCACAGUCGAUCUGCUUACAAUUCUUAAGCUUUGACUGUUGAAAAUGGUGAGAGAAAUACAUGGAAUCUUACAUUUUGCAAUGAUUUCUUAAUUAAAAAUAACAACGUGGCCGCCAGCAAAGAACCACCCAUGAUUGGCUCGCACGGUUCCAAACUGCAAAAGAAACGCGCCCUGAACAGCUACUCAAACUUUCCCUUAUAACACAACCCCCGAAGUUUCCCCCUUCCUUGCGAUAUAUACCAAAGUGAGCACUCAAAGUGCAGCCAGCUAUUGUAACUAAAUUAGCAGUAACUAGUCAAUGCCAAAAAUGAUAGUGGACAAGUCGGAUCUGGUGGGCGAGAAUGCCUGGGCCAAGCUCCUGCCCGAGGACAAGGACAAGACCAGUGCCCCGAGCAUAGUCAAGAUGAGCAGCAGCAGCAAUAACAACGACUCCAAGGAGACCACUCCUCUAAAUGUGGAUCAACUGGUGGCAGCCACCACGCCUGGCGUGGGAUCGGAGCAAGCAACAGGCUGUAUGGAGGAGACCUACAAGCGGACAUCAACGUAUGCCUCCAAUAUCAAUUCAACGGGCGGCGAGUCCAGCGGAAGUGGUACGCAGCUCUCCCGUAAGGAGUCCAUUCUGGGCAGCUUCCACCGACAGAUCCGGCGAUCCAUCAAAGCGGUCAGCGAAUCGCCCGGCCCACUGACCAGGUACCGGCAGACACGCUUCAGCUCGCGGCGUGUCCGAAAACGUGUGGUCUUCAAGCAUGGCGAGUGCAACGUCGUGCAGGGCAAUGUGGCCAAGAGGCGGCGUCGAUAUCUGCAGGACAUCUUUACGACCCUGGUGGAUGCUCAGUGGCGCUGGACGCUGCUCGUUUUCGCCGCCAGCUUCGUCAUUUCGUGGGCCUUCUUCGGGUUUAUUUGGUGGAUCAUCGCCUAUGCGCACAAUGAUCUAGACUACAUCAUCCGGGAGAAUAAGUCACCCGAAUUGGUGGCCAAUGAGACGCAUACUGUGUGCGUGACGCAGGUGAAAAGCAUGAUGACCGCCUUCCUGUAUUCCGUGGAAACGCAGACGACGAUAGGCUACGGCAAUCGCUACGUGACGGAGGAGUGUCCAGAGGCGAUCUUCACCAUGUGCAUCCAGUGCAUCACGGGUGUCUUCAUCCAGGCCUUUAUGGUGGGCAUUGUGUUUGCCAAGCUGUCGCGUCCCAAGAAGCGCGCCCAGACGCUGCUCUUCUCAAGGAACGCUGUGAUCUGCCACCGGGAUGGAGUUCCAUGUCUAAUGUUCCGCGUGGGAGACAUGCGCAAGUCGCACAUCAUCGAAGCUCAUGUGCGGGCCCAGAUCAUCCGCAAGAAGGUGACGAAGGAGGGCGAGGUGCUGCCGUUUUACCAGCAGGAGCUGCACGUGGGCGCCGACGGGGGCGAGGAUCGGCUGAUGUUCAUCUGGCCGACGACGAUAGUGCACAAGAUCGAUCGAAACAGUCCGCUGUACAUGCUCUCCGCCUCGGAUAUGCUGAAGGAGCGCUUCGAAGUGGUGGUUAUGCUGGAGGGCGUCAUCGAGUCCACAGGCAUGACCACGCAGGCCAGGAGCAGCUAUCUGCCCUCGGAGGUGCUGUGGGGCCACCGCUUUGUGAACGUAGUGUCCUUCCGCAAGGAGACCGGCGAAUACGAGGUGGACUACACGCUCUUUAACAACACCUACGACGUGGACACUCCGCUGUGCAGUGCCAAGCAACUGGACGAACUCAAGUCGGAGUACACGAAGAGCGCCAAGAGCUGUCCCGGCCUGGGAGUCAACGCUCCCUUUGCGGACCGCACGCUCUCGGCGAGCAUGUUCCAGCGGAUCGCCUCAGCCGCGUCGGUUGAUCACCUGGAUCCGGCCAGCGACGAGUCGCUGGACUCGGGCCGCCUGCAGAUACGCUCCCAUUCCAUUCCCAACGGCGUGCUGGCCAGCGAGCUGGAGCCGCUGAACAACAACAAGCACGGCGCCUCGUUCACCAUGGGCGGACUGACCAUCACGACGACAGCGCCCAGCAUCCCCAACCUGUCCAGUAUUAACGAGAAGACCAACUCCGGUAAUUCCAUAAACAGCAGCAACUACAGCAACAACAACAGCCUCAGCACGCUGACCGGAGGAGGCGGAAGUGCUGCCAGCGGACCCGGAGGCGGGAUUACCAUUGUCUCCGGCGCUGGCAACGGAGGCGGCGGCGGUGGCCGCCAGAAGCAGUCGAAUCCCCGUCGGCUGAGCAUCAAGCAGGACCAGCUGCCCAUCGAUUCCAUUUGUUGAUAUUAUUAAUUGAGAGGCGCAAGGAGUCGGUGCUCUGUCCGCUGCCCUGGCCGUCGUCAGUUAACUGAUGUUGUAUUCUAGUUAAGCAUAGGCGCUCCCACUACAAUUCUAACUCAAACUAAGCUAAGCGAGAUUCCAUGGAGCUCAUCUGUCAUAGCCAUAGAGCUGCUGCAGCUGUGAAACCCGUCAAAGUCCCCCCUCCUUCCCACAACCCCUGAUGCUGAAGUGGAGGCAAUCUGAUUGUUACCCACCCCCUAAACUAUCCCCCAGUAACUAUUGUAUGACUAGGCUAAGCCGAUGAAUGAAUGAUUCACAAGUUGUUAGCUUUACGCGUAUUGAAUUUACUAUAUAGCUAAGUUACAAAUUGAUAUUACCGCAAUGUAAGAUGUGAGAGACACAGAAACCAAAAUGCUGCAACUUCCUCGUAAGCUUAGACCUCUAGAGAAAUGUUUGUAAAAGCUCACCGAAUCGAUAUGUAUGUGAAUAUGAAUAUGAUAAAAUAAUAAUAAUAAUGAAAGGACGCCACGGAAUUGUGAAUUCCCUUUUACCCGAUAAUAGUUGUUACUCCAACGAGCUAGAUAAUGGAAUUUUAUAAUCAAUAAAACUGUUUCAAAAACACACGAGCUUCAAUUCUAGUAAUGAGUGGACAAUAAAAUUGUAUGAGUAUGUGAAUGUAUGAUUGAUGUAUUUUACUUAUAAGCGGCACAAAGAUUGUGAAAUUGAAAGACGAAGAAUAUACCUAAUGAUGAAACCAGAA